UAUUAUUUUUCUCUUAUUUAACUCCACUCUUACUCAAUAUCUUCCUUGCUCUUCUUGGUUCCUUAGCUUGGUUUCCACUCCAACCAGAACUCUCAAAUGGAAGCAGCUAAGCCACCAUCUGAAGAAAAAACUCAUCAUCCUGCAGCUGGAGAAAUUCUCAAGUACCAGAGAUGGGUUCUGAGAGUCUUCAUCCACUGUGAUGGCUGCAAAAAGAAGGUUAAGAAAGUUCUCCAGGGAAUUGAUGGAGUUUAUACAACUGAGGUUGAUUCUAGGGAGCACAAGGUUAUAGUAACCGGUAACGUGGAGGCUGAUACUCUGAUCAAGAGGCUUCUAAAAACAGGUAAAUAUGCAGAACUUUUGCCAGAAAAACAGCCACCACCUGCUGAGAAGAACCAUAACAAAAAGAAGUCUGGGAAAACCAAGGGGGGUGGUGGUGGUGGUGAAGGCGAUGAUGUUAACAAUGAUGAGAAGAAGAAUAAUGAACCGGCUGGCGGGGAUGUUGGUUCCAAAGAGGGUAGUGCUGAUGGUGAUGAAGGUUCAGACAAAGAUGAUGAAUGUGAUGAGGAAGAGGGUGCUACAGCUACUGCUGGUGGUGAAGGUGGUAAUAAAAAGAAGAAAAAGAAAAAGAAGAAGAAGAGCAACACCAAUAAUGGUGAUGGUUCUGCUGCUCCUCCCGGAGGAGAAGCAAAUAGUAAAGUUGAUGAUGGUGGUGAUGCAAAAUCACCAGCAGCAGCAGAAGUUGUUUCUGCAAAAUCAGUUGCAUCUUCUUUGCCUCAUCAACAACCAGUAAUUCAAAAUGCAUAUCCAUAUCCAUAUCCUCCACCACCACAAAUGUACUAUUCACCACCUUCUCUACCACCAACACCAGCAUAUGGAUUAAGCUAUAACACAGCUUAUCCUCUAUCAAGUGCUUCAUACUAUGUUGGGUCUCCUAUCAUGCCCAUGCAUCAUGCAUAUGCUACUACAUACCCUCACCUCCCACCACCACCACCCUCUCAUCCUAUCAGCCACUAUGUUGAUGAUGAUCAUCAGGAUCAAUAUCAAGGUGGAUGCUCCAUCAUGUGACAAGAUAUAUUACUUAAUUAGUGGGGGAUGGAUCUGAAUAUGUUGUUCUAGUUACUAGUUAGUGUAAUAAUUUUUAUUUUUAGUGCUGAAUACCCUGAGGAAUGGAAGAAGUUGGGGGGUUAAAUUUUGUAAUAUUCUCUACCAGAGUAGAAAUUAACUAGAUGGGUAAAAACAAAGUUUUCUAGUUAUUGAGUCGACACCAUUACAUGACAUGAAAAACUGUAAGUCGACUUAAUGUACAACAUAAAAUUGAGUAUAAAUGAAUAUAAAUAACACUUUGUCAAAAUAAGAGGAGGCUUUGA